AUGAAAUAUAUACGUUUUGCUUCCUCUCUCUGCUCCUGAAGGGAAACAUCUGAGGAUUGAAAACUCUACACUGACCGAGCAGCGGUUGCUGUUUUGGGCCAAACGUCGUCCUCGCAGCCUGAGUCUGUACAGCUGCAGCAGCCCGUCCGUCACCUCCUAUGGGCUCCAGAUGUUUUUCACUCUGUGUAAGAAUCAUCUGGAGGAUGUCAAGGUCACAAGUUGUACUGGUCCUGGUCUCCAUGGUGACCAGAUACUGCCUCAGAUUGGUCAGCUGUGUGACCAUGUGACUAGUGUGGACAUGAGCUGGAGUGGAGCAACAGAUAUGGGAGUCAAAGCUCUGAGUGACGGCCGGGCAGGGUUGAGACUAAAAUCAGUUGUCCUGAACGGCUGCCAUGUCACUGAUGACCCACUCAAGAAACUUGUCAUGAGACACAGAGAGAGUCUGUGCAGGCUGGAGGUGUUUGGCUGUCAGUUCCUCACUGCGUCCUGUCUACAGACAAUAUAUGAGAUGUGUCCUGGUCUAAAGCAUCUUAACGUCGGACAGGUGCCUAAAGUCAACACACACAGUCUCACAGUGAUGGCAUCACAGCUCAAAUGUCUCAUUUCCCUUAAUCUCACUGGUCUACAGGCAGUCACUGAUGUCACAGUGGCCACUUUGCUUCAAAACUAUGUCGAACUUGAGAGUUUGACCCUCAGUUCUUGUCCUGGAGUCACGGACCUGACACUGCACAACAUCAGCAAAUAUACACCAUGCAUUAGAUCCCUGGAUGUGAGUGGCUGUAAGGCAGUGACCGAUGCAGGAGUUCAGUCUCUGACUCUGGGAUGUCGACGGCUUCAGCAGCUGGACCUCAGCUCCACUGGUGCAGGGAACAGAGGGGUUACUCUGUUGGCAAAUUACUGCAGUAAACACCUCCAAACUGUCAAACUCAGCUUCUGCCACAUCACCUCAGAGAAGAUCCUGAAGCUCUGCAGACGCAGCAGGAGGCUGAGGUUGCUACAUCUCUACGGCUGUGCACAUCUCCCCAGUGAGAGAGAGAUCAGAGAAGUUAACGCCAUAGUUAAAGUUUACCCUCUGUCGUGACUCACACACAAACAUCUGCACACAACGGGACGGACAAACAUAUCAAAGAGCAAAAUUAACUAGAAAAAACUGGAAAAAAUCCAGCAGAAUAAAAACAAAGGAGCAUAUAUCAGUUUGACAUAUUUUGCAUUUAUUCUUGUGGUAUCAGGGGAUACAUGAGAUGUGCUGAUAAUCCUCUCAAGGAGGAUUAUUACUUAUGUUCAGAUAUUAAUCAAAUCAGUGUGAAUGUGUCUGCAUGGGAUUGACUUUGUGUGUUUGUAGAUAGAUGUCAGAUGUGUUGACUCUUUCAAAGCCUUUCUACUACUUCACUUUUUCUAGUUUU